AAUUUAGAAAAAGAGAAAGAGAGAGAGAGAGAGAGACAAAGUGAGCUAAACCGUAAACCAAAGAAUCUACCAUUUUUACUAAUCAUUUCAACGAGAAAAAUAGAGCGACGAAUAACAAAUGAUACGUGUUGGCGAAUGAAAAUACAAAAAUAUUGAACAAUAACCGUAACGAAACGACAAAGCCCAGCAGACGACAAAAUCUAAAGAAAUCAAUCACGAGAUAUGUAAAGGAAGAAAAACAAACGAGAAAAUACAAAAGUAAAGUUAUAAUUAACCGUUCAAAGUAUUAAAUUAGAAAAGGGAAAAAAGGAACUGCGGUGUUGAAAAUUUUUAUCAAAUUUUUCCAAAUCGUGGGAGCGACGAGCGGAAGACGAGAUUCAAAGAAGUAUAUUUAUCGCUCAUCGUGUGAUUCGGGGGAAAGUAUAACCGAUCUACUUCAGUUCGUAGCCUAAACCUGUCGAGUACAAAGCAAAAAGCGGGGUAGUUGAAAACAAAAAAAGGACAGACGCACGAAAAUUGAUGAGAAAAUUCGCGCAAAGCUCAACGACGAUAAUUCAAAAGGGAGCGAGUGAAAUAAUCGCAAUAAAUAAAACGAGAAAUCAAGGAUAAAAAAAAACGGUUCAAUUCGUGAGAUUAAAUGUUGUUAUUCGACGAGCACAUCGUAGCGGGUCCGUUCGUGGUGAGUUGAAUCGAAAUCGAAUAAACUGAGCGAGUGGUGUACACAUUCCGGCAGCGUCGAGGACGGAAGAAGCAAGAAAGGAUAAACGGGACAGCAGCUCCGAAAAUCCGGAUAUAAAAUUGAAAGAAAUCAGUGCAAUUGGUAAAAGAUUAAAAAAACAGGAAUGAUGAUGGUUAAUAGGAUGCGUCGUGGAAGAUGAGCGCCGAGGUUACGAAGGAGGUCGUAGCCUCCGAGAGGGUGAGCCCUCCGGCGGCGGUUGCGACCUCGCCCGGGGCUCUCUGUCCUGGCGAUCCGAGUCGUCAUCUGCCGCCUUUCAGCAGCUUCGCCGGUGACGUUAGUAUGGACACGGGCACUACGUUAACUACCCUGCACAGCCAGGACGUAGGUCUCGGCUUAACCUCCGCGUGGGAUUAUUACGAAGGGCUUACAGGCCGUUUGAUAGAUUCGAGGGGCGAGGUCGUUUUAGCGAGUCAGUACAGACCAUGGGAAUCUAAGCACGGGGGAGUGGGAGGAGGCGAGGGGCUGCCAAGUUUUGCGAGUCAAUUUGCUCCACCGAGCGAAGCCGAGCCACAGUUGACGGCUCUUACCCCAUUAUCACCAGCCUCCAUAUCUCACUCGCCACCGGUUUCUUCGGCAGUCGGUUUGCCCAGUUUUCAUACACUCGGUAGUCCACUUCCGGUGCCACAUCCACACAGGACACCGGUUGGUUAUCCUCUUGUUCCCGCACCCGUACAAGCUCGGGAAGUUCCUGUUUUGCAGCAACAAUUACUCGACGAGAGGCACAUACAGCUCCUCGGCUCGAGUCCGGUUCAGGCUUUUCCGCCCCCACCCGGACACCCUCAUCACACCGUGCUGACCGUCGUUAAACAGGAAUAUCCCCAGUUACAUCACACCAACUUUCAAAAUCCAAUGUCAACCGUGCUCGAUUCGUCGCCAACUUCCCGUGCUAUUGGUGUCGACGGGAGGAAAAAAGAACGUAGAAAAAUUCGCGCUGGCUCCAUGGAGUCCGAGGACGGUAGCGGCAAUGUCGAGAGCUCCGGCCAAGUCGCGGCCGUCUCUUCGACCGCCAAUCGCGGACCUCAUGGUCAUAUGAGCGGUGGUAUCGGUGAUACCGACGGUGAUGGUGGUAUCGGUGAUAAACCCGCGAAGAAAAAACGCAAACGUUGCGGUGAGUGCAUCGGUUGCCAACGAAAAGACAAUUGUGGCGAUUGUGCACCAUGCCGGAACGACAAGAGUCAUCAGAUCUGCAAAAUGAGACGAUGCGAGAAGCUCACCGAGAAAAAGCAUUUGUACCACCUGCAGACGGGAGAAGGGUUGCUAAGAGAAAGAGGCAGAGGUCGAGGAAAAGGUGGAACCAGGAGUUACCGGAAAAUCGCGAGACAAGUCAGUACCCCGGAUAGCGCGCCAACCGGUCUUGGCAGUCCUCAGGGUGGUCUCGGUGGCAUUCAGCAUCAGCAACAGCAGCAGCAACAGCAGCAGCAGCAGCAACAGCAACAGCAGCAGCAACAACAGCAGCAACAGCAGCAACAACAACAGCAACAACAAUCGCAGCAAUCGAUACACGCAGAUCCCAUGCAGCAAGCAAAGGACAAUCUGAAUCCGGUGGCGAAUCAGCAAACCGGCGUUCUUAGAAACGGAAAUCCACCGCCCCCGGUCGUCUCGAUGUCACCCGGUGUAAUGCCGUUUUACGGUGACACGAGUGCCGGCUUCCGGCCAGCCGCUGGGUUUGGUAAUACCGUAUGGCACCAGGGAGUAGGUCCCGUCGGUGCAGUCACGGUUGAGACCACACCAGCCGCUUGGCCACCCCAGCAAUUUAUCCAACAAAUACCCGCACCAAACCAGUUGGAAGAGUUGAGGUAUCAUACUCAGUAUAGUGCAGCCACUCCUUACCACCCUCAACCAGUUACUUAUCAGCAACAAGCUUUCAUCGCAACCGAUCAGUCAGCCUUCCAGCGUGCCGGUGCUCCGGGACAAUACGCAAUCACGGGGCAACCUUCGCCCCUAGCCCCUGUGGCUCCACAAACGGGAGGCUCGACACCUCAGAGAGCCCUGAAUGGCCAAUUUAUGGACCCUGCAGCAACACCCGGCCAACCGGUUGGCUACGAACGUCAGGAGUACGUAAACGGCUACCAGCAGCAGGACGUGACGAUGGCACCACCGCCGUCGACCACGCCGACGAGUCGUAGCAGCUCGGUUCACAUGGACACCCAACAACAACAACAACAACAACAACAACAACAACAACAACAACAAACCUCCCAGCAGCAAUCACAACAGCCACCACCUAACGAUUCCCAAGUAAAAGGAUUCGCAACGAUAACCGGCAACGGGUCGGGAAACGAGAUGCCUGGGUAUCCACUUCAACCGGGCCCACAGAGUUUACACAACUCUAACGGAUAUCCAGGCUACGUGGAAAUGGGUCAGCAGCAAGUACAGAAUCAAUGGCAGCCACAAGUUGCUCAGCAACAAGCACAGGCAGCUGCGGCAGCAGCGCAACAGCAAAGAGAAGCUCAAAUGCCAAGACAACCAGCUGUUUCGGACGCAAGUCAAAGACACAUAUGGGCGGACUCGAAUACGACGGCAAAAAUUGGUAACAAUGGAAUGAGUUGGUCAGACACGAGUAAUAUGCAGGAACAAUCGAGGCCCCCGAGUCACAUGAGCUGGGAAAAUGGAAAUACAAAAGAAUCGCGUACAGUGCAAUCUUGGAGUGACAACAACGGUGAGGCCCAGCAACAGUCACGGGAUCAGCAGUCGUCGCAAGGUAAUUGGUCGCAGCAAAGUCAAAAAAUGCGUGAAAACCAAAAUCCAAGAUUGACACCGUCCGCUCAACAGCAGCAGCAAGGUUGGCCUCAGCAUUCGCCAAAAAUGUCGGACCACCAAGGCUCUGCGCAACAAAACUCACGAAUCACACCGUCCAGUCAGCAACAAUCACAACAGCAUAAUUGGCAACAAAACAGUCCAGAGAUUCAGGCUCAGCAGCAACCUGGCCACCAGAAUCCGAGACUUACACCGUCCGGCCAACAAAUGCAACAGCAACAUCAACAACAACAACAACAACAACAACAACAACAAAUUCAGCAGCAACAAUUGCAGCAACAGCAACAAAUGCAACAGCAACAGUGGGCCCAACAAACGAAAAUCGAACAAAAUCCACGUUUAACCCCGUCAAACCAAAUGUCCUGGCCAGAUACGCCGACUAGUCAACCCAAUUGGUCACCGAGCAGUAUGAAGAGUGACGGUAGCCAACAACCUCAGCAACAAUGGCCAGAGACCCAACCGAGUCCACGUAGAACACCGAGUCACCAAACAGGUUCGUGGCAAAAUCAACAAAAUCAGGAGAAUAAAAUGGACACGCAAAUGAGCUGGUCUCCUAGUUCUGGUUCUGAAAAUCCGGUGAAUUGGGGACAACAAAAUACGAAGCAGGAUAUGCAAAAUUCUGGGGAAAGAAUCAUGUGGCAGCAACAGCAACAGAACGCGGAAAAUAGCAAAUCAAACGGUUAUUCCGAGAAUCAGGAUGGCUCGGAAAAUAAUAUGUAUUCUCAAUCCAAUCGCGUUACAAGUCGAUUAAAGUCAAUGAUUCUAAAUAAAAAACAGCAGCAGCAGCAGCAGCAGCAGCAACAACAACAACAACAACAACAACAUCAGCAGCAGCAGCAGCAGCAGCAACAACAACAACAACAACAGCAUCAGCAGCAGCAGCAAAUGCAGCAUCAACAAAUGCAGCAGCAGCAUCAAAUGAACCAACAGGACUUGCAACCUCAACAAAAUCAUCAUGUACAUCAUCAUAUGUCAUCGCAACACGGUAACGGCAACAAUGGCUCGGGUAAUGAUUUUCCUACGGAUGACAGAAUACGAGAGUCACAUGAGAACGGAUCUGAAAAAAUGCAGGAAAAAAGAUCGGAACAGUAUCUCAAUCAAUCCGCAGUAAUGUCGAUGCCACAAACAAACGAAUCCAUGACCGGUAAUUUUUUAUUGCAUAGCCACCACCCUCGGGCCGAUAGUUUGCCCGACGGUGGUGGCUUAUGGGAAUGGACAGGAGGAGGAAAUCAUUUAGGUCACGUGAAUCACGUUGAGAGCGGGGAGAUGAUCUCAGAAACGGGUAUCACAGCUAUGCAAAAUUUCAUGAAAUACGCGACCGAGGAAAAGACCGAUCGUGAGACAUCUUGUAACGAUCAACAGCAAGAUCCAUGGCCAGAAUCAAAUGCAAAAGUUACGGAAGAUACUAACGUAGAUAACAAAUCUUUCCAACAAAAUCUUGGAAUUUCUCCUUCCGAAGAAAUCAAUGGGAAAGUACCACCGGAAGAAAGAAUCGAAGACGCUACAGACUGCAAAGAGAAUCCGAUUAUUGAGAAAUUUGAUGAUAUUGAUUUUUUGAAAGAAACUGAGGCUAAUAACGAUACAUCCAUACAUCCUGAAAAUUUUUCAAGCGGAAACGUUAAUAAUGCCAACGGUGAUGAUCAUGGGUCAGAAGUUAAGUACGACUCAAACCAGACAAUUAAACAAGAAACAACGGAAUACACGUGCACGAAUGAGACGAAUAACGAGGUCAAUACGACCAGAGAAGAAGCGACGCAACCACAUCUAAUCAAGGAGGAACCUGAUCAGGACGAUGCGGAAACAACGGAUUACAAGUUCAGAGGUGACGGAGGUCCAGCAAAAUUGACCAGCGGUGGUGGUUCUUGGUGCUGCCGUCGUGGCGGCACCGAACAACCGACACCGGAACACCUACGCGAUGGUUGUUGUCAAGGUCUGCAAACGAGAGAUGAGAUUUUGGCAGAGUCACCUCAAAAAGCUGAUCCCAACGUUAAAACCGAAGAUUCGAGUUCAGCGGGCGGUACAUCAACGACUAAGUUGCAAGAUCAUCUCGAUAAAUUGAAAAACAAUGUGCGAACCGAGGUCCCAGAUUGCAAUUGUUUUCCAGCUGAUAAAUGUCCACCAGAACCCGGAUCCUACUACACGCAUCUGGGAGCAGCUGCCAAUUUGUUAGACCUUCGUAACGAUCUUGAAAAGAGAACUGGAUUGAAAGGAACUGCAAUCAGAUUCGAAAAACUUGUGUACACGGGCAAAGAGGGCAAAACCACGCAAGGUUGUCCGUUGAGUAAGUGGGUCAUCAGACGUUCGGGAAACGAAGAGAAGAUAUUGUCAUUGGUGAAACAUCGACAGGGUCACAAAUGCGCGACGGCAUGGAUCGUUGUCGCAAUUGUUGCCUGGGAAGGCGUUCCCACCCACGAAGCAGAUAGAAUUUAUUCUCUUCUCAGUCAUAAGCUCAAUCGCUUUGGACUUCCAACGACCCGAAGAUGCGGUACCAAUGAACCAAGAACUUGCGCUUGCCAAGGGCUCGACCCUGACACCUGCGGAGCAAGCUUUUCCUUUGGAUGUUCCUGGUCGAUGUAUUACAACGGAUGUAAAUAUGCGAGGAGUAAGACCGUUCGCAAGUUUCGAUUGUCCGUGAGGACUGAGGAACAAGAGGUCGAAGAAAGGAUGCACGUACUUGCCACACUUCUUUCACCGCUUUAUCUGAGCCUCGCUCCGGAAGCUUUCAAUAAUCAGACUCAGUUCGAAAGAGAUGCCAGUGAAUGUCGGUUAGGAUUUAAACCAGGUCGACCUUUUUCCGGAGUAACAGCUUGCAUUGACUUCUGUGCUCAUUCACACAGAGAUCUACAUAAUAUGAACAAUGGUUGUACGGUGGUUGUCAGCCUUACAAAACAUAGAACGUUGAGUAAACCUGACGACGAGCAGUUACACGUUUUACCGCUUUAUGUGAUGGAUGAUACGGAUGAAUUUGGUUCGAAAGACGGUCAGGAUGAGAAGAUCAGAUCUGGAGCGGUUGAAGUUCUAACAAAAUAUCCGUGUGAGGUCCGAGUUCGCUCUGUGCCACUUCAGCCUUGUAGAAGGCAUGGAAAAAAAAGGAAAGAAGACGAGCCCGAUACCGCUAGUAACAAAAAAGACAUAGCAAAAAAUGCUGAGAAAAUGAUCGAGCCGAGUCGAACGCCGGGUUUCCAAGAUCCAUCGAGAACACCGGGACCUCGUGAUCCUCAGUUGUCACUCGACAUGGCAACAAUGUUCGAAGGGAUGGAUGCACAGCUGCAAAGUUCUCAGGUGUCGUCGACCGUUCUCGAUAGUCCGGUUUCGAUGUACCAAGGAUGGGGUUAUCAGGGCGAACAGCAAUGGGGACGUGGUGGCUGGCUCGAUCAACGUAAAAAUAAUUGGUUGAAUCCUUGGGGCGAAUAUCCUUUUGGUGGUCUUGAGAGAGAAGUUAAAGUUGAUCCGGACAGUACGAGUUUGGAUGAUACGAGACCUCGAAGUGCUUUGUCUCAAGACGAUGUUCACCGUCCGGGUUCGAGAAAUUUACCAAAUUCUACAGUUGAGUCACCUCGUGGACUUUACCCUCAUUCGCCAAGAGGCCAUCCUUUGUCGCCGAGAAGUUCACAUCCUGGAACACCGACUGAAAAUCCUUAUGCUAUGUCACCAAGAUCUAUGCCAAACAAUCAAGAGCAAAAAAUGGUAUCACCGAGAAGUUCCGGCUAUCCUCUUACACCAGGAUCCUCGGAAGGUGGUUACGGACUAGCUUCACCCUCACCACGACCGUAUCAAAAUAUGAUGGACACGAGACAACCUAACGUGUCGCCACGAGGUAGUGGCUAUUCACCUUCUUUAUCACAUUUGGAAGCGCUUCAACGGAAUCCAUCGCCUCGUAUCGGAUCUCACAUGUCCAUGCCGGGUCCGCCCGAAACUCACGUGAGAAAUCAAUCGCCUGUGAUGAAUCAUCAAUUGCACCAUCAAAAAGCACCGAACGGUCCCAGCUACGAUCCCAACUGUCAGCAAAAAAUGUCAUCACCUCGGCAUAUGCUUGAUCACAACAUGCAAUCACGUUACCUUGGCAAUCCGGGUCAAAAUUGUAUGGAAAUGCAGAAUACGGCGCGGCUCACUUCACCGAAAUCACAAAUAAUGGAUCCACAGUACGCAACGAGAUUGCAACAAACGUAUCCAAUGCAGCAGUCGCUUCAAACUCCGUCCAAAAAUCCGGAUUACAUGAAUCCAACUGUUGAAUCUAAUCCAACAGAAAUGAUGUCAGGUUUCAUGGGUAUGCAGCCGUCCGGGUCGUGCAUGGACAAACCGUAUGCAGGAACAAAUCCGGAAUAUAUGAUGCAUGGCUCGAUACAAAUGCCUCAGAGCGAACAACAUCAUUCUCAGUCAUUGGAGAAUCAAGGAUUUGCAUCAAUGAACAAUAACAAAAAAGCUGCAAGAACGCAUAGACAAACCGACGUGAAGCCUCCGGCAUUCAACAAUUUUUCACCAGCUCCGGUUGAUCAAGUGACCAAUCCCCACUGUGGUAACAAUUGGAAUCCGCUCAACAGUUGGCCCAUUGAUCCUGCAAAGUCCUCCGAACUUCGACCAAUUCAUCCAGCAGAACAUCAGAUGUCAACCGAUCGCUCGCAGCCGCAUCAGCAGCAUCAUCUUCCGGAUCGUCAGAAAGUUACCUCGUGGACGGAGAGGAUCCCUCAAUCGGAUCAGCCAAAAAAUCAGUGUUGGGACAAUAUGAACGAACCUUCGCCAUUCAGAGUUCCCAAAGGAAGGCCACCAUCAAGAACGGCUGGUCCACCGAGCCAAAAUCCAGCUGAAUCAAACACCUUUCAAAAUUCAUUUUCCAAAACGUUCCUCAAACCUCCAGAACCUCUCAGAAACAACGGUACUUGUUCGGACAUACCGCCCCACGCUGCAAAACCAUACAAUACAAAUUUGCCUCCUAGUCAGAGAAGAUCCGAGUGGCCAGAGGACAAACUCCGCGAGGGCUUCCAUGACAGUAAUAGACCGGAAAUGGCUAAUACUAACCAGGGCUGUUUGGCUUGGGCCGAUGAGAUGAAGCAGGUUCAAGAUUUCCACGCAAUACCAGGAUUGGGACACCACGCUUUCCCUCAAUAUGGCUACCCAACUUAUCCAGUUUUUGAAAAACCAUAUCCCAAUACGUGGGACGGCUAUAAUUAUCACCAUCAGCCUUACCAUCAGACGCCGGAAUAUCCGCCGCAGUUUUAUCAACAGCCGAAGCGCGAGCCCUGCUUCCACUCAUCUCAAUAUCCUUAUCAAGGCAUGCCGGCUUAUCAAGGUUUGAAUCCAGGCUGGGCGCGAUGGGACGCUCCCCGGUGGGACCUCUACGGUCCGCCCUCGUACUUCCCCGUUUUACCGGAGCCUCCACCAAAAGCUGAACCGCUUGGCGAAGUCGCCGAUUACUCAGACAACGAGGAAUGUUUCAAAGAUUCCCAAAUGGGUGGUGUUGCCAUCGCUCUCGGCCACGGCAGCGUACUUUUCGAAUGUGCCAAGCACGAGAUGCACGCUACAACAGCUUUGAAAAAACCUAAUCGACUGAACCCCACGAGAAUCAGUCUCGUGUUCUAUCAGCAUCGUAAUUUGAACCGACCGAGACACGGUUGGGACGAAUGGGAAGAAAAAAUGAGAUUGAGAAAACUCGGUGUAACCGCAGCUGCAACAACCACCACCAGCUCUACCGCCAAUACCCAGGCUACUCCAACAACACCCGAGAACCCGAAUGUCACUGGCCCAAAUGACAGCAAACCAACGCCACCGCCACCCCCGCCGCUGCCGCACAUACCAAACGUACCGAGUUCGCAAUUCAUGAUGAGAUCACCGACCUACACGACCAUGACUUGGACUACGCUGUUCCCUAUGCAUCCGUGCAUGAUAACGGGUCCUUAUCAGGAAGGCGGGGCUAUAGGAUGAACGAACAGUCGAGAGACACGAUACUCUCCGAUCGUCGUCGAUCGUAGAAAAUCGUUGGAGAAGAAUUAAGAGAAAAAACGAAAGGUUAAAAGACACUAGGAUAAUGCUCGACAUAAGUGUGUGCAAUGAAUACCACUGUCGAUUCGACUUGUCCAGGAUACAAAUGUGGCGAGUGUUACAUCUUGCCGAGAGAAUUCAAUCAUUAGAAAUAAAUGCGAUAAUGUAUAACCAGGAUCUUUCUGCUGAACACAAACACGAAUUUGACACGAGUAACAUGAGCUAAGCGAAAGGGUUUUAACCAAACGAACAAACAAUAUAACUCCACUGCCAUUUUUUCUAAUUCCACGUUUUGCGUCAUAAAGGAAUUUGAAUGAGAAUAAAAGUGGUACAAAGAUUUUUAUUCGACUGCAUAUGCGUGUUACGAAAACAUUCUGCUUUUAUACGAAAUCGUUUUUUGUUUAGACACAUAAAUAAUGUAGACAAAUAAGCCUGAUAUUUUGUGCGUUCCGGCUGAAAUUCUUAGGAUGAGAGAAACCUAUAGAAAACAAAAUGACUGUAUGAAGCAGCUUAAUAAGACAAAAAUGCUCGCCGAAUGAGAGGCAAGCAGAUGAUAAUGAUGAACGCCAGGAUAAAGAAAUUCCGUUAUUUUUUUUUUAUCCAUAACGUCUAUAAAAAUCCUUCAAUCUGUGUAAUUCGAUUCAAUGUUUUAAUAUCAAUUAUUAAAAACGCAUUCGACUCUUCGACGAAUUGAAUUAAAAACAGUUCGUCGAUCGCUGAUGUGAGAGCGAUUCGCGGUAUAUCAGUGAGAUGCGUUAUAGUAGCACCGUCGUUUCAUUUAGCCAAUUAAAAGACUAGCUCCAUUUAUCAUGAUAUACAUCGAACACCGAAUGUAUUGCUCCAAGAUUUAUUGAGCAGAUGAAAUUUGUUUUACUCAAAGAAAUAUUUGAAAUAAAUAUUGCUAAAAACGAAUUUCAAUGGAAUAAAUCUGGGCCUAAUGGAUUCGGGAUUUUCGAAAUUUUUUAUUUCUCGUAAACGCAUAGCUCACACGUUCAUCGAAUAUAUUUGAAUGGCUAGUUUAGAAUUGGAAGGAAGAGAGGCAGAAUAAGAGAGAAACGAAGCGAUAGGAGUCGAAAAAAACGGAUGAAACCCUGGAAAACGAAGUUGAUCUCAAGAUUAUUAAUUACGAUAAUCUAUUUUUUUUUACAUUUUAAACUCACAUUUGUACAUUACGCUUCGUUGUCUCGUAUUUAUUUUUUAAUGCUCGAGUGCUUUCUCUUUCAUAUUUUUUCUUUCGUUGCCUCGCACUACGGUAGAUCGUACUUGAUAAAGCACGAAAUACAGACUAAACAGUCGCUCGUAGCGACCGAGUACAAAGGAUCUUUCAUUCUUUUUUUUUUUAAAUUCAAUCAAAACGUACGAAAAUACGGAAUGAUUAGACGCAUCUGCUCUAGACACAUUAUUAUCAUUAUUAUUAUGUCUAUUGAUAUAAUUAUGAUUAUUAUUAUUAAUAUUAAAAUUAUUAUAAUGGUAUUGCGUUGCAUUGUAAAUGAUAUUCACGAAAUGGAUAGUUGAACGUCGAUAUUAGCUCUUUAAAGAGCGAAGAAAUAUUGAAGCGUAUCGAUAAAAUUAAAAAAAAUACUCGAACGACGAACGAAUAAGUAACUCGGCAGUUUGGCUCAAGAAACGAGUGAAUUGGAAGUUUUUAAUUUUUUUCUUUAAAUUCUCACAAGACUCGAAAUAUUGUAAAGUAUAACAAUUGUGUUCGUGUAACGAAAUUUUUUUAUUUAUAAUGUAAUCAAUUGAAUUUUUCCUUUCAUCUUCUUGUUGUACAUAUACUUAGACGAUGUUCAUGCGAGUCUCGGGCAAAAAGGUCUUUAUAAAUUGUUUUCUUUUCUUGUAUCAUUGAACCCGUAUGAAAUCGUUUUUUUUUUUUUUUUUUCAUUUCACGAAUUAUAGAUAAUUUUUUUUUACAAAGAGCGAUGAUGACGUGGAGAAAAGCUGAAGAUCUUGGAUCGUGCAGCUGAAGAAAUGUUUUUACUAUUUAUUUAUUUGUCAUAACUAAAGUUUUCUUCUUUUUGUAUUCCUCAAUACGUCGAACAACCCAUGGAGGCGCGGAGGGGAAAAAAAUUUAGCAUGAUUUUAGAAACGAUUGUAAUUGAAUCUUACAUAUAAACAAAAAGUUGCGUUAGAAUUUUAGUAACGAAUGUAUUUUUUAAUUUGUUGUGGUAAGAGAAAACUUUUUGUGAACGAACGAAAAAAUCGAUUUAUAAAAAAAAUCGGCACAAAGUCUGCCACAAACCCACAGAAAAACGCAUACAGACACACAUGCAAACAAACACACACACAUACUGUCCGUAGUAUUAUAAGAAUCAUUAAUAUAUUAUCAUCCAUUAUUAUCGCAUAUAAACGAUUAGUAAUAUAAUCUAAUUUAAUUGAUUAUUUAUUAAUUAAGUUUGACAAAGUGUUAUUGUACUACUACUAUUACUACUACUACCACCACUAUUAUUAUAUAUCCUACUUUUAGCGGGGCGAAGGUUCGUGAUGGAAAGUCAAUGUUUUGAGAAAAAAUGUGCAAAUUUUUUUGUCUCUUCCCCAAUUAUCAACGUCACAGAUCAACGUUUUCGAUAUGAAUAACGAUGACGAAGAAAACAAAAAAUGCACAUACCCUUUCUGGCAUUGGUGAACGAUCCGAACCAAUCCUAAUCUAUUCCAAAAUUCUCGGUAAGCUAAGUUUCGUCAUGCUUAGGUUUUACUCUUACUUUUUUCUUUUUACAUUAUAUAAAUCGUGUAAGGACGGACAAAGAUAUUUCAAGUAAAAGAAAAAAUACUCUACGCUAUUAUAAUUAUUUUCAUUUUCCUUCCGUUGUAUUUUCUUUAUUGAAUUUUUAGUUUUUAUUUCUUUUCAAAUGAGCAGUUUGAAGUUGAUAAAACAAUCGAAAGAAAAUAUUAGACAGAAAAUUCUGUCGUGAAUUCGCCGAUUCUCAUAUAAAUCAUGUAUCUAACGGUGAUGAAGAGUACAACAAUUAGCUAAAAAUCAUAACUUGAGCUUUGAUAUUCAACAUUUUUUUGUCCAUCGUAAAAAUUUUGUAUUUUCCUGAUUUUACCAUUUUUUAAAACAAUUUUUCAAAUCAAUUCUGCAAUAUACAUCGCGCACCGCACUUGACACGAGUAUUUGAUAAACACAAUUGAGAGAAAAGCAGACAGACAUCGGGGUCCUGUGAAAGGGCUACUAUUUUUCAUAUUUUUCGAGCCAAAAUUGUAAAUUGAUUGAUAUUUUUCGUUAAUUCUGCGUUAUAUCGCGGGUUAACGAUAAUAAUGGCGUAGCCGGAUUUACGUAAAUGAAAACACGUACUUCCAGAUGUCACGUGAAACAAAGGAAAUAAUUAACGAAUGCCGAAAGGCUUUUACGACUUUCUAUAAAAGUUGACAGAAUAGAAAACAUUUUUUUUUAAACAAACAAGGAGAAAGAAAAAACAAAAAAAUGAACAUACAAUCUCGAAGAUUCACGCGAGGAUGCCAAAAUAGUUGAUAAAGGUGUAAUAAUUAGAAGGUAAAUAAUUGUAAUAAUUGUAAUGAAAACUAUCAAAGCUAAAGUAUAAUUUAAGGAUGAGAAAAAAAAAUCAUUUUUAAAGUAAUACGAUUAUCGCUGAUUGAUUGGAAAGAAAUAAAUGAAAUAAAAUGAAAUCACUAAAAAAAUUUAAUCAUUGAAUGACAGAGGAAAAAAUUAUGAUAAAAAGGAAAUAAAGAAAAUGCAAAAUCGUAAGAAAAGUUGAAAAAAAAUUAUGUAUUUUUUCUUCCAAUGCCAAAAAGAUGCCAUUUUGUUUUGUACGAAAAUACGAAUGAGAAAAAGAUGAAAAAAAAGCGGAUGUGACGAAAAUAAAUACAAAAAAUAAUAAAAAUUUUACGUAGUAUGUAGCGAACGUAUGUAAGUUGUGUAACACGACAAAAACAAAAUUAUGUGUAUGUCUCGUGAGUAAAAAAAACUUGUCCGCCUUAUUAUGAAGCAGAAUACAACAGAAAAGAUGAAAACAAAAAAAAAGUGAAACCAUAUUUGUAGAUUACAUUAUCAGAGUUUGAAAAUAAAUCAAUAGUAAUUUUAAAAAAUCCAGAGUCGUUGAAUUGUCCACAAGUGCGUGAUUGAUUUAAAAAAAGCGACGAUACGACAGAUUCACAUCUGUUUCCUUCGUGAUGGAAAAGUGCUGCUCUCGUAGCCAGUUUAGUAAAUUUUUCUUUCCCCAUCUGGUCUUUUUUCAUUCGGGUAUAUCGACACGGAAAAAAAACCCAGUAAGACUCGUGCUAAUAAUCGCACGGGACGAAUAUCAGACAAAACGAAGAAGCAAUGUUGAACGAAAAAAAAAAAAAAACGAGAAAGAAAUCAAGACUCAUCUCGAAUUUUUAUCGAUACAAUUUUCAUAAUUAGCACGAAUGACGAAAAAAAAACGUGUAGAAGUAAAAAAAAAAACGAUGAAAAAAAAACUACAAAUCUACGAUAUUUGAGGCGUUGUGACAUCGCCAAAAUAUUAUUAUGUAUAGAUAAUAAUGAAGACAUUAUUUCUGGUUGAUCUAAAUGACAGAUGUACGUUUUUUGUAGGUGUGUGUUGAAAGACGAUAAUACAAAUGAGGAAAAAAAAUGAAAUAAAGAUAAAAUAAAAGUAAAAAAAAGGAAAUGCCACUUACGGUCACAUACCAUAUUAGUAGAAUUACGCUAAGAAGACGCUAGAGAGUAAACGUGGGAGGGGGGAGGGGGGGGGGGCGUAAGUAUAAAAUUUAAGUGAUUAUGAAUAAAGAAAAAAAAAAAUGAAAUGAAAAAUCAUGUCGAUCGUUAUUUGUCGAUGAAAAUAUGUUUAGACAAAAGUACAUAUGUCACCUGUCAUUGUGAAUAUAUAUAUGGUAAGGAAGAUAAUAAAUACAAGAAACUUUUAUGAAUAA